AAUGAGUAAUAGCAUAGAAUUAUUGCGCAGUAACUACAUUUUCAUUAGUCACACUGUAAACAUAGAAUUCGAGGCCUGUAACACAGCAGUUUACUAUAUACAGCCUUGCAGUGCGGUACAAAAUAAUAUUGUAGCUAUCUGUGAUAUCUUCCAUCUCAUAAAUAGAAGGGUAAGAACAUACCCAACGUCGCAAGGUGUAGGUGUCUACAGCUAUCAGGACACGGCAGGCAAUAGGUACGGUGGGACAUUCGAUCCGAGGGACACAUUCAUACCAUACAGUGAUCCCUUCGCAGUCCCCUUCAACGAUAUCGACUAUUUCUUUCCUGAUUACUUUAGGAAUUUCGAAAAUAUACUUCAACAGAUUUUUGGUUCUGAUAUAGAGAGUCAGAGACUAGCGUCACACGCUGCUAGUAAAGCGUUUGAUAUAACAUAUAACCAUGCUGGUUAUAAUCCCAAUUUCUUUAGGUUACCGCAAUUUACUGGAAGCCCAUUCUUUGGACCGGGCAAAUUCCGCGCUAAUAUGGAUAAUAAUGCGCAUCAAUCCGCAUUUGCCAGUGCUGUGGUCGCGCCAGGUUACAGGCGACAAAUUGCGGCCAUUGAUCCAAUCAACCCCGGUUUGCCGAACGUGGACGUAACAAGCAGAGCCGCUGAAACUGAUAGUAGCAAUCCGAAUUUCGUUAGCGUUUCCAGUUCUUCAUACGCCUCGUCCGCUAAUAUCGACGGGAAGGUAUCGGGCAUGCGAGGUUCGGAAACCGUCGUCAAUGAAAAUGGAAAGGUCACCAAAUACGAAGUUCACAGCUAAAUAUAAAGGUCCCUAAUACGCCGC